GUACAAUUUCAAUCUCUGUUUCUCUCCCAAGAAAAUUUUCUUUCCUUGAAAUCUAGAAUUUUCUCACCUCCCAAACACUCCUCUCUCUCUCUCUCUCUCUCUCUCUCUCUCUCAUAUAAACAAUAUCAUUUUCCUUGGAAUUCCAGAAUUUUCUCACCUCCCAAACACUCCUCUCUCUCUACACUAAACCGUCUAGAAAGUUACAAUCCUCAACUUUCGUGGGGGCUAGGUGCUCCCACGAUACUCGACAUCUCAAAGGAAGACAAAGUAAACAUCUCAAAGGAAGACAAAGUAAAUUGGGCUUGGCCCAACGGGUUGGUUGACAUUGGGCCACAGCCCAAUAGAAGCACCAAGGAAGUGCAAGAAACUAUGGCUCCACCUCCAUAUGGAGAAUUGGUAGUAGCAUGUCAGAGUAAAGAUGCAUCCAUUGUUCUUCCAUUGAUGAAUAAUGAACACUAUGAGGCUUCUACUCAUGAGACAACAGCUACAUCCUACCAAUACAAAGACGUUUACUAUGGACAACUGAUGCCUCCAUUUGGAUUCCAAACAUUGCAUAAUUCAGAAUAUACCAGAAUGACUUUGCCUCUAGCGAUGGCCGAAGAACCUGUUUACGUGAAUGCCAAACAGUACCAUGGAAUACUACGUCGACGACAAUCCCGAGCCAAGGCCGAGGUCUUAAACAAGAUAUCUAGAUCACAAAAAAAGCCCUAUCUUCACGAGUCGAGACACCUACACGCCAUGAGAAGGGAAAGGGGCUGCAGAGGCCGUUUCGUGAGCAAGAAGAAGAUGGCAGAACCUAUAGCUUCAAUGGCUGAUGAUGGCAAAGGCAGCAACAUGUCCAGCAAUUGCUAUCAAGGUUCCGAACUACAUCUAUCUGCAUAUAUAUGAUCGUCUAAGAGGUUAAGGGUUCGAAAACAGCUUCUCCCAUUUCUUUCGGUACUUCGGAAGAUGAACUCGGAAUAUACGCGUUAGUACCAGUCUACCUUAAUAAUUAGCCUAUACUUUUUUCUUUAAAGUCGGAAGUUCAAAUGUGUAAAUGUUGAUAGAAAUGUGGAGGUUUUAAAAGUUUAUGAAUAUAUCAAAUAUUAGAAAAAGUAUAGAAAUCAAGAACUUA